AUGUCCGGCCGGGGCAAGGGCGGCAAGGGGCUCGGCAAGGGCGGCGCCAAGCGCCACCGCAAGGUGCUGCGCGACAACAUCCAGGGCAUCACCAAGCCCGCCAUCCGCCGCCUGGCUCGGCGCGGCGGCGUCAAGCGCAUCUCGGGCCUCAUCUACGAGGAGACGCGCGGCGUGCUCAAGGUCUUUCUGGAGAACGUGAUCCGCGACGCCGUCACCUACACGGAGCACGCCAAGAGGAAGACGGUCACGGCCAUGGACGUGGUCUACGCCCUCAAGCGCCAAGGUCGCACCCUGUACGGCUUCGGCGGCUAA